AUGAACAAGACAUUGUUCUUGCGUAUUGUGCAUCGUCUCGAGCAAGAAGUGGAUUAUUUUAAACCAUCACAAGAUGCAACCGGUCGGUCGAGCCUAACCGCGCUCCAAAAAUGUACCGCAGCAAUUCGUCAGUUGGCGUAUGGUGGUGGUGCUGAUACCGUUGACGAAUAUGUCCGACUUGGUGAAACCACGGCAAGAAAAUGUUUGCACCAUUUUACCAACGGAAUCAUCCACUUGUUUGGCAACCAAUACCUUAGACGUCCUACACCGGAGGAUCUGCAAAGACUACUAUAUAUAGGAGAACAACGUGGAUUUCCAGGAAUGGUUGGAAGCAUCGACUGUAUGCAUUGGGAGUGGAAGAAUUGCCCAUCCGCUUGGAAAGGAAUGUAUUCACGAGGAACCGAAAAACCAACAAUUGUGUUGGAGGCGGUGGCUGAUUACGACGUCUGGAUAUGGCAUGCUUUUUUUGGAGCACCAGGUACUAUGAACGAUCUUAAUAUUCUUGAUCGAUCUCCAGUUUUUGAUGACAUUAUUAAUGGAAUAGCACCAGAAGUUAACUUCUAUGUUAAUGGUCAUACGUACCACAAACUGAGAAACAUUCAUUAUUUGCUAAGAAGCAAGAAGCUGUACGGAAAGAUGUUGAACGUGUCUUUGGAGUCCUGUAAGCUAGAUUUGCCGUCGUCAGAAAUCCAUCUAAUUUAUGGGAUAAACACAAGAUAG